AUGGCCCAAGAUCCUCGUGCGCUCUUACAAAAGGCAGAGAAAGCUGUAGUCGCCGCUACAGGUGGAUUCAGUUUCUUUGGAGGGAGACAAGAGAAGUGGGAAAAUGCAGCAGAUCUCUAUAUGCAAGCUGCUAAUGCAUUUCGAAUGCAGAAACAAAACAAAGAGGCCGGGGAAGCUUUCGAAAAAUGUGCGGAAAUACAGACUGACAGAUUGAAUGAUCUUGAUGAUGCAGCAAAUACUCUCACCGAAGCUUUCAAAGUAUACAAGAAGAGCGACCCGACUGACGCCGCACGCUGCCUAGAUGUAGCCAUCAAUCACCAUACUUCCAAGGGAAACUUUCGCCGUGCCGCUACACACAAACAGAACAUGGCCGAGGUUUACGAGGUUGAACUCGGAGAUAUGAAGAAAGCUAUCGAAAGUUAUGAAAUAGCCGCAAGCUGGUUUGAGAAUGACAAUGCAGAGGCCCUAGCAAAUAAGCUUUAUCUUAAGGUGGCAGAUCUGGCGGCUCUCGAGGGUGACUACUAUAAGGCCAUUGAACACCUGGAAAAGGUAUCGGCAACAUCUGUAAACAAUAACUUGAUGAAAUGGUCAGUGAAGGAUUAUUUUCUCAAAGCAGGACUGUGUCAUUUGGCCGUGGGUGACAUGGUAGCCACAGGUCGUGCCAUAGAAAAAUACCGCGAUUUAGAUCCAUCUUUCAUGAGUACGAGAGAGCACCAACUGUUGGUAGAUUUGAGUGAAGCGGUCGACGUGGGGGACCAGGAGGCUUUUGCUGAUAAAUUGUUUCAGUAUGAUCAGAUUAGCAAGUUAGACAAGUGGAAGACGACUCUUUUGUUGAAGAUAAAGAAUUCUAUAGAGGAGAAAGGCGAAGAUUUCUCUUGA